AUGUCACAACACACAAGGACGCACAGGCGUCCGCCAACACCGAAAAGAAGCUUCUGUCUGGUUACAGCGCUCCUGUUGUCAUCCCAUGUUCAGGUCGCCCAAGGCGUCGUAUACCCGAGCAGCCAUGAGCUAUACAAGUUCGACUACCUUAACCCACGAGCGGAGGCCGAUGCGAUCGACGAGAUAUCGAAGCGCGUCGUCUCAAAACGUGAAAAUCCCAUUCCAUUGAUCGUCACAAACAGUUGUGGGGAUACAAUCUGGCCGGGCAUAGCUACACAGGGCGGCGAUGGGCCUGAGUCCAGUGGUUUCGAGUUGGCGUCGGGUGAGACGAGAGACUUGACUGUGGGACCGACCUGGGCAGGCCGAGUUUGGGGAAGAACGAACUGUACCAUUAGUAACGAUACUGCUACAUGUUCAACUGGCGACUGUUUCGGGAUGCUGGAAUGCGGCUAUAGUGGAGCCGUGCCAGCCACACUUGCUGAAUUCAAUCUUGCCGGAGGUACGACUGGAAGACAAACUUUCUAUGACAUCUCACUGGUUGAUGGAUAUAAUCUCCCAGUUGGUGUUGUAUAUCAUCCCGCAGAUAACACGAGCAACAUCCCGCCAAACUUCGUCAAUGCUGCCUGCAUAGCGACGUCUGGGUAUCUUAUGGCCCCCAAUAGAACCGGAUACUAUUAUACCAAUUCGAGCUACCCCAUGCCAUACGAAUCGCAAGAGACCAAUCCAGGCAUCAGCAAUUGGUGUCCAUGGGACCUUCAGGCCUUCCCACCGGACAAGCCAGGCGACGGCAUUUACCCAUACCCUGACGACAACAUCGAGCGUCCAGUCUUUGAUCCCUGCAAGAGCGCUUGUGCCGCCACCAACUCCGAGAGUGACUGCUGUACCGGCGAUUACAACGACCCAAACAAGUGCAAGCGCAGUGAAUUUUCAGAUAAUGCGAAAGCGGUGUGCCCCGACGCAUACAGUUUCGCCUACGACGACCAGACGUCUACCUUCAUCAUCCCGAGUGGUGGGGGCUGGGAGGUCGUCUUCUGUCCCGAAGGACGCAGCACCAACAUUUUGGCGACUUACGGCGCGCAACUCUCGGCACUGGCCUCUACUGGAGAAGUGACGGAAGAGAUGCAGAUGCUCGCUAUGAACACCACUUACAUCGACUCUGUCUCAAAUGUUGCCGUUAGCACCAAGAACCCUGGGCUGCUUGUCACCUUCACGGCUAUCCUAGCUGGACUCAUGCUGUUUUGA